CAUGCGCGACCGAGCUCCCGGGGCGGUGCUGCUCAAUCCGGGUAUCCGGCGGCCUGUAGCUGUUUUGUUUUCUUGGCUGGAACUGGGAAAGUGAGGCGGCCCGGCGCGGCGCGACACCGGGCUCUGGACCGACUGCACGCGCGGGGCUGGACUGACCUGAAAAAAAUGUCUGGAUUUCUAGAAGGCUUGAGAUGCUCAGAAUGCAUUGAUUGGGGGGAAAAGCGCAAUACUAUUGCUUCCAUUGCUGCUGGUAUCCUAUUUUUUACAGGCUGGUGGAUUAUCAUAGAUGCAGCUGUCAUUUAUCCCAGCAUGGAAGAGUUCAACCACUCCUACCAUGCCUGUGGUGUUAUAGCAACCAUAGCCUUCCUAAUGAUUAAUGCAGUAUCGAAUGGACAAGUGCGAGGUGAUAGUUACAGUGAAGGUUGCCUGGGUCAAACAGGUGCUCGCAUUUGGCUGUUCAUUGGUUUCAUGUUGGCCUUUGGCUCUCUGAUCGCAUCUAUGUGGAUUCUUUUUGGAGGGUAUGUUGCUAAAGAAAAAGCCAUCGUAUACCCUGGAAUUGCUGUAUUUUUCCAAAAUGCCUUCAUCUUUUUUGGAGGACUCGUUUUUAAGUUUGGCCGCACUGAAGACUUGUGGCAGUGAAAACAUCUGAUUUCUUACUGCAGAGAAGUCCUGCAUGGGUUUGUUUUUUUUUUUCACUACUCACUCCCAGUCUUUUGUAAUGCCUUUUUCUAAACUUCUUUCUGAGUGUAGUCUCAACUUAAAUUUGUAUAAUACUAAAAUCAUGAGAACUCCCUAUUUAAACAACAACAACAACAGCAAAAUCUAUUGUGGUAUGCAUUUGCUUAACUUGUAAAAUGUUAAAGAAAAAUAUUUCACAUGAGAAAUUUUUAUUAUGUUUUAUCAUGGUAUAAUUUGUAAAAAUAAAAAUAAAUCACAAAAGAAAUUAUGGAAGCAUCUUAUAUGAGUAUUUGUCAUAUCCAAGGUGCAAAACUGCAGUUAAAGUGCUCUGAAGAUUGAAUGUGUUUAUUUAAAUGUGGCCUCUUCUGUGUCAAAUGUUAAAUGAAAUAUAAACGUAUUGUUUUUAAAAAACUA